ACAAAACGCGAGAUCACGUGAUCAACAAAUCCGAGUCAAAAUGGCGGAUAAGUCAGUCGUCAAUUUUUAUCUCUUUGGUCUACAGGAAAGUGGUUCUAUUUCUUUUAAUGGAGGCCAAGACACUUCAGUAUCUUGCAUUUUGACACAUUUAGGCUACAACGUGGAUAAUUAUUAUUUUGCUCACAAUGGUUACCCUGUACAGGAUCUGUCCCUACCUCUCUCACUAGAUCAAGAAGAGAAAGACAAUGGCAUAGCCAUCAUUAGAGCCUCGCCACGUCUUUUAGGAGGGAAAGGAGGAUUUGGUGCCCUAAUUCGUGCUAUGGGUAUGCGUGUGAAUAAGAACAGAACACGAGAUGCUAGCAGAGAUCUCAGUGGAAGAAGAAUAAGAGAUGUUAAUGCUGAGAAACAGCUGGCAGAGUGGGCAAAGAAGGAGCCAGAGAGACAGAAGAAGAAAGAAGAAGAGAAAGCAAAGAAGAGGAAGAUGCUACUAGAGGGCCCCAAGCAUUUCUUUAAUGACCCAGAAUACAUGCAGCAGCUUGAGGACAAUGAAGUUAAUCUAGAUGAAGCUGUUAGACAAGGUUUAAAUGGAGGAGCUGGUUGUAGUAGUAAUGGGUCGCGUAAAAGAGAGAGAGAAGGGAAGACAAAAGAAAAGAAGAAAAUGCUAACGCUAGGGAUUGAGGAGCUGUCUUCGGACGACUCUGAGACUGAAAAUGAGGAAGAGGAGGAGGAGGGAGAGAAAGAGGAAACAGUUCCAGUUAAGAAGCUUAAAAUGACCAUCAACGAGAAUGAGGAACUUCCUAAACUAACUGAUUAUACUAACAAAGCCACUCCCAUUACUCCACCCACUUCUAAUACAACCGAUGAACUCGUAUCAGUUACACAAACAUCAACUAGUAACUGCCAAUCCAUUUCCACCAACACCCAAGCAACAACAACAGAAACACCACCACCAGCAACCACUUCAACAGAUACAUGUACUCCUUCAUCUCCUCCUCCUCAAAUAAUGUCAGAUCAGGGACAGCCUCGGGUUGGUGACACUAAUGGUGCUGAAAUUGACCAAGAAACAAUUGACAGGUUUGAUUUGGAUAAGUUUGAAAGCAUCCAGGAAUUAGAGGCAGUUGGUCCUCACCUCCUGAAGGCCGUGUUGCAGAAACUGGGUCUUAAGUGUGGCGGAACGCUUAGUGAGAGAGCUCAUAGACUAUACUCUGUGAAAGGAUUAACAGUCGAUCAGAUCGAUCCGUCUCUAUUCGCUGGAAAAACAAACGGAAAGAGAAAGAACAAAGGAAAGGGAAAGAACACUAAUAAAUGAAGAAGUGUCUCUCCUUUUCUCAUCAGUUGUAUUGUUACUGUCACCAAUUAUUGUUAAUUGGAUUUUAUGGUUUAAUAUAAUUUUAAUUUAUGUCUCUAAAGUGGCUUUGUGUAAAAUUUAAAAAGCAGGAGAUGGAUGUCAAUGUUUUUAUAAAUACUAAAA